UACAGAAUAAUUUAUUACAGUGUCCUUCCCUGGCCACAGAAGACUCUGUGACAUCAAAGAGGAGUUCUAUAGGAUUGCAGAUGGUCUGCAAUGCUGACUGUCUGAUCAACAGACAUGGACUGAGCCAGGCAAAAUGGCCUCAGUCCAUGACUCCAGAGUCUUUGGGACCUCUGAAAUCUCUAUCACAAGGUGAAUUCUCUGGUGUGUUGCUGGGAGACAGGGGGUCUGCCUGCCAGCCUUUUCUCCUGACACCAUUCACAGACCCCCAGGACGCACAGCAGGCCUACAACCAUGCCCAUGCCAGGACCAGGCCCAGAGUUGAGAUGACCUUUGGCCUCCUGAAGGCACGCUUUCAGUGUCUUCACUGUCCUCCACAAUGUGGCCUGCCUGAGGAAGGAGAGGGCCCCCAGAGGGCCCCCAGCCAUGGACUGGGACAAUCCUGCAAUCUUCCCUGA